AUGAAGGACUUCGAUACCCUGUUUUCGCCACCUACACAACUGGAUCGACGACGAAUCACCCUCGUGACGGAUUGUGUUGUAUAUACUCGUUUCCGAAAAGCAUACAUUUCUAUCAGUCGAGCCCGCGUCAUCCGUCAACAGAUUUCUAACAAGCGUGUUGCGCUGCUCUUCAGAUCGAUCGUUGAAAGAGUUUCGACCACAAUGCCGGUCAUCUCUCGCAUGGUUUCGGUUGUACUCCGUAUAGGAGAGAUAGGCUUUGCUGCUGUUGUGGCAGGCAUCAUCGGUCACGAUGUAGCUAGAACGGAUAAUUUCCCCGGUUUCCCUCUGGGCCGUUGGAUUUACGCGUUGGUGGUGUCGGGAAUCUCAAUGCUUCUAGGCCUCAUUUGGCUCAUACCCUUUUCCGCAUCAUUCGUGUUAUGGAUAGCUGAUUUAAUCAUAUCAUGCGCCUGGUUCUCCGUCUUUGCUGUGCUUGUAAAUUGGCUCAACAGGCGUGCCUGUGGAUUUAUCUUCGAUUGGGGCAGCAUCACGGACGGCGGUGUUUGCGAUCGCUGGAAGGCUGCUGAGGCAUUCAGCUUUCUCUCAGCCAUUCUUUGGUUGGUUUCUGCGAUUGUGGGCAUAUGGUUUACUUUCCGCACCCGUGAUCGCCGUCCAGUCGCUGGUGAUGGAUAUAGAACUAACCGCCGUUUCUGGGGUCGUCGUCAUGCUGUCUAA